AUGUCUGGCGCCUUUGCUGCCCUUGCUACCGAUGGUGACAGCACUGUUCGCUCACAGUGGGCCACACGCGAUGCUGCUGCCCGUCUUGCUGUGCGUAGUCACUCGCCGUCCACUGAGCGCGCGCACUUUAGUCAGUACAAGAGUGCUAAGACCUUGGACCGAUUCCUCUCUGUUUGCCCCACCACACUCACCGUUGACCUCCUCGAGGAGCGCCUCCUGGCAGCUGAGAAGAGUAUAGUAGCUGUAGGAGCCUCUCGUGGUGACCCUUGUGCCCCCUUCUUUCAGGGGUGCUUCCCCUCCCCCCUUUUGCCCUCUGUUGCCUCUGCUGCUGCGGUCAACCUCGUUGGCACUGAGUCGAUCGGCGCUGCAUCUGCCCCUAGCGGGAGACGCCGCAAUGGCAAGGGCAAGGGGGGCAAAGGCGCUCGAGGGGCUUGCGGGGACGGUGGAGGUGGCGGUGGAGGCGGCGGAGGGAAUGGGGGUGGCGGUGGGAGUGGUGGCGGGGGUGGGGGCUUCGGUGGCGGCGGUGGAGGCGGAGGGUGGGGCGGCGGUGACGGUGGGAGCGGAGGAGGCGGCGGUGGCGGCGGUGGCGGCGGCGGCGGUGGAGCUGGUCGGGGUGGCGCUGUGCAGCUGGGCGGCUUCGGUGGUGGUCAGCGCCAGCAGCAGCAGCGCACUCGUGAGACCCCGCCCCCCAGCAGCUUCGUGAGUGGUACGCUGCGCGUCAGCGGGGUGGGGGUGCUGGUCCCUGUGCCUACGUCCUGCGUACCGGCGACCGCACUGGUGAGCCGUGCGGUGGCCCGCACACCACCCAGCGCUGCUUCGGCCGCCUGA